UCGUUCGUUAUGAUUGCAGUGCUGCAGUCAGUGGUUCAUACAACGAGCUGCUUUGAACGUGAACGAACGUGAAAUAAUGGGCGUGCGUCACUUGGACACUUUUAUCCGCGAGAACGUCCCCGGAGGUUACUUUCGGGUCAACAUCGAAGCGGAAAUUCGGAAAUACUUCGAAACGGUUCGAGGCCCGAAUCCACCGCCACCGAUUAUUGUCAUCGAUUUGAUUGCCCUGUUUGUGCCUCUCAGCCAGCAUGACAAGAAAGGGCUUCUCUUCGGAGGACGGUUCAACCUGGCGUACGCUGUGAUGGACGAGUUUUUAGCUAAACUGAAGAGUCUGGGUGCCAGAUUGGAGUUCUUCUAUGAUGGUCCGGCGCAGGAUGCGAAGAGUGCGACUUGGUGCGAACGUCAGGACUAUAGAUACACGAAGAUGGUGGAAUUAGUUGCUGCUGUAGACAGGGGAGCUGACAUGGACACACUACUGAAUCAGUAUGCGAUGCCGUUGAACUUCCGGUAUCCUUUGAGGUGCAUUGCAAAAAAGUACGGAGAGUAUAGAGUAGCAAUAGCACAGGAGUGCGACCAGGAGUUGGCAACCUAUGCAACAAACGUCAAUGCCCUGGCUAUUAUCUCCGAUGAUUCGGAUUUCCUUAUUUACAAAGGAACCUGGAAGUAUUGGUCGUCGCGGCAGCUGGAACUAUCUACUCUGUUCACCAUGGAGUACAAUCGAGAUGCUUUAGUAGGGCAUCUUGGGUUACGCUAUGAACAAAUGCCGCUGUUUGCUACUCUCUGUGGUAACGAUAUCAUGCCGUACGAUGUUGUCAAAGCGUUCCACUACCGACUGGGCCAAAACAGAGAUAAAUUUCCCAACAUUGCUAGAUUCAUUCGAAUUGUAGAGGAAGAUUCCUUAAGUUUCGCCAGUGAUUCAGCUAUAUCGAUCCUUCUCAAGGAAAUUACAAAUCAGCACACGGUUGACAACGAUUUGGUGCAACGAUUCAAGCUUAGCUUGGAUAACUACAGCGUGAAUAUUCGUCCGCGAAACAUCAAUCCUUCCAAGGACCCGGUACUAAAUGUUCUUAUCGAACAUGACUCACCGUUUACAUAUCUGAUAUGGCAAAAAAAGCAAUUGGACGUAUCCAUCGGAGUAGUGGACAUGCGUGGCAGGGAGUUCGAGCAUGACUUUGGCCGGCUUCAAAUUUCGCUAAUUGUGCGAAUGGCUGGAAUCAUCCUGUUUCAUAGUAAACCGGUGCGACCAACGCACUGUCCGGUCAUCAUCAAGCUGGACCAUCAGAGUUCCCAUCGUGAACAUAGGCUCCUCAUACUGUAUCCCAAGGACUUGGAAGUACCCACUCUGCCGGCACUGAUGUCCAAGGACCCGGUUAUCCACGAAGAUCUGCAAACCAUCAAGUUUCAACUUCUGUCGUGGAUUGCUUCUGAUUCACUCAAGCCGGAUGAACUGCGAAAGAUUCCACAGCAACUUCGCAUGACCGUCUUCACUUUGUACUACUUAGUGGAGCAGCGGGCCAUCGAGCUGUUCGAAGCUGACCUGUUCCUGCAAGUGGCGUACGAUGUAGCCUAUGAAACGUACGACUUCCGGUCCCUUCAAUAUCCCAGAACGAUCGGCAGUCGUCCGUUCCGGGUGGUUUUUCUGUACCAGAAAAUUUACUCGUUUGCAGCGAAAGCUGUUCGUCUGGUCGGGCUAGAUGAUGCGGACAAUCCUCGGGAUGAUCCUCCCUUCGAUGGCGUUCUGUUCCACAAACGCUACAACGACUGGAAACGCGGGUGCUGUGGAUUGGAGCACACCAAGGAGUGGAGAAUCUACGAAGGAUUGACUGCCAAGAAACCUUGAUUUGAUGUAUCCCAGACAACCAGUAAUCGUAUACGAUG